AUGAACAUUUCGAUGCCGACUCAAUCCGAUCUUUGGGCGGGUGAUGUGGUAGACGUGGAUGCGGUCAGUGAAGCUGAAUCUGUACAGAACGCUUGGGGUAAUGAUCAUGCAUCUUCUGUUUCACAGUCCAAUUCUUCUAUUGAGCUAGAGGCAUCUGUAAAUCCGUUGGACGAACCUUCUACUACAUUAGACGCCAAUCAGACCGAGACUGCAAAGCCGGACGAUGAAGAAUAUGGUGAGUUCGUAGAAGCGUCCACUGACCCUCUCAAGCGACCCAUCUAUGAUACAACGGAGCAAGAUGACGAAACCCUGGGACUUUUAGACAACAGGUCUAGGCCUGUGUGGGAGGUCGAGUGUUACGUUGGUAUGGGCAUGGUCGAGCCAGUGACCGCUAGUAUUGGCAUGGCCACUAGAAGGGUCAAACAGAUGGCUCGUUGGAAGCGAAACGAUACUAGGGCAAACAUGAUCGUAGCUGAAUGGAAGAGAAAGCGAACACAGGUGAUUGGACGUGGAACGAUCUCUAUUGUGGCCGCUGCUGCUGCUGCUCCAUCUUCUGCAGGAGAUGAUUCGGCACAGCUUGCCACUAUUCCUGUCAGAGCUGUAUCCAACCAGUAUCUACAGACGCCCAGGACAACGCCUUCAACCUCCGACCUGAACGGGGUGAUCAGACCGGUUCGUUUUGCAGGGUCGGCGAUUGACGAGAUGGUGGAGACCGAGCGUACGGCCUGGGGACCUUAG